AUGGAGGUGCUUAGGAGACUAGCAGCGGGAUAUCAUGACCUCAUGGAUAAUAAGAGUGAUCCGAGAGUGAAUGACUGGUUUUUAAUGUCAUCACCGUUACCAACUCUAGCGAUCUGCCUCACAUACGUAUUCAUCGUCAAAGUGCUGGGACCAAAACUUAUGGAGAAUAGGAAACCAUUUGAAUUGAAAAAUGUGUUGAUUUAUUACAAUUUAUUCCAAGUAAUAUUCAGCUGUUGGUUAUUUUAUGAGAGCAUAGUCAGUGGAUGGUUUACAUCAUACAGCUUCAGGUGUCAGCCCGUUGACUACUCAAGGUCGCCUCUAGCGAUGAGGAUGGCCAAAGGAUGUUGGUGGUAUUACUUCUCGAAGUUUACGGAGUUUUUCGACACUAUCUUUUUCGUUAUGCGUAAGAAGUUCGAUCAUGUGUCGAAACUCCACGUGAUCCACCAUGGCAUCAUGCCGAUGUCCGUCUGGUUUGGAGUCAAAUUCACACCAGGUGGCCACUCCACGUUCUUCGGUAUGCUGAACACUUUUGUUCAUAUCGUCAUGUACUCUUACUACUUGCUAGCAGCGAUGGGCCCCAAGGUUCAGAAGUAUCUGUGGUGGAAGAAGUACCUCACAGCUCUGCAGAUGGUCCAGUUUGUGUUAGUAUUUGCGCAUGCGUUCCAACUAUUGUUCAUCGAUUGCGACUACCCACGUGCUUUCGUCUGGUGGAUCGGCAUGCACGCUGUUCUCUUCUAUUACCUAUUCUCAGACUUCUACAAACAAGCUUAUAUUAAGAAGACCAAGAAAAAACAGAUGAAAUUGAACAUAGAAAGAAUGAAUGCUGUGAAAUCAGAAUCGAAGGAAAUGAAAUUGCCACUUCUAAACGGCUUCAGCAACGGGUCAGGUUUGGGUGACGUCCGGCAGAGGAUGGCUGGAGCGGUAGCAUCUCAAUAA